CGAGCGGGGUCACGAGCGAGUUGACCUCAGGUGUGUGUGUUUCUUCUUCAGUUCUUCAGGUCAGUUCCUGCUGAAGGUAAACAAAUGGAUUCAGCGGCGGUUCGCAGUAAAAACAUGAAAGAUGUGAGCGAAUUGAAGCGAGUAAAAUGUCCGGACACAAGAGGAAAUAUAACGUACGCUUCCCUCCGAGUCGCAUCAGAAAGAUCAUGCAGAAGGAUCCCGAGGUGGGGAGGAUCGCCACGGCGGUUCCUGUGAUCAUCUUCCUGAACCUGCAUCGAGCAGCUCGAGCUGUGGAGAUGUUCCUGACGUCUCUGCUCACUGGAAUCUUCGCGAUCACUCGGUCGAAGCGCGGCGCCGCCGUGUCGGUCACUCACAUAAAGCAGUGCGUGGAGUCCGAGAAGCUCUUCCACUUCCUCACGGAGCUGGUGGAGCGAGCUCCGUCCCCGGCGGGCCGGCAGGAGGACGCGGGGAUGAGCAUGUGGCCGAUGUUCAGGACCAAACGCCAUGAAAUCUCCGUUAAAAAGACCGAGGCGGUAGAAAUGGCGCCGCGGCGCGGCCUCGACUCGCGGGACACAGACUCCGACGAGUCGGAGCUCUUCAUCUGCUUGUGAGAAACGGACUUCCUUUCAUCACUGUUUCAAUGAUUAUCUUCAUUACUUAUUAGAAUACAUGUUUUUUUUUGUCAUCUGGUGGGAGGGGAAACAUUUAAGACUUCUGGCUGCUUUGAUUUAUUUUAUGAAAAUAUUUAUUUUUGAAGCCUGUUCUUUUUGUUUCUAUCAGAUUUAGUUGAUAGACAUUUCACUGUAAGUUUACACCUAAGAAUUAACUUAUUGACCUCAUGCAGUUUAAAUUAUUUUGGCCUUUGAAGUUAUCUUAGAGCUUUGUUAAUGAGUUGACUAACAUUCUCUUAUCAUUUAUUUCAUGCAGCAGCAUUUAAAACUACAUUUGUUUUGUGGAAUAUGAGUUAGAACGUUUUAUCAUCAAAGCACUUGUAAAUUAACUUUUUAAAGGCGGCAAAACUGCACAGAUGUAAUAAAACUAUAAAUGAUUUAGAAAUCUGUGAUUUAAUGGGAAGUAGAAAGGUCACAUGAAUAAAAAAAAAACAACCCAAGAGCUUACAGUGACUGG